AUGGCCGACACCCACUCCGAAACCUCUUCUCAGCUGUCCUCGCCUGGGGACCAUGGCUCCGUCGAUUCCGGGUUCGUCUCGCCGAACGCCUCCACCGUCAGCCUGCCCCGGAUAUCCCUCACCCAGCCACACAUCAAGCACCUCAACAAACAACUCGAGAACCUCCACCCCAUGGACAUCCUCCGCUUCUGCAAGAUCUUCUUCCCCAACCUCUACCAAUCCACGGCCUUUGGCCUGACAGGGCUCGUCACCGUCGACAUGCUCUCCAAGCUGGAUGCUGAGUCAGGCACCCCGCAACCGAUCGACCUCAUCUUCCUCGACACCCUGUACCACUUCAAGGAGACGUAUGAGCUGGUGGACCGCGUCCGGGAGCGCUACAACGUCAAGGUGCACGUCUUCAAGCCAGCAGAUGUCGACGAUGUCGCCCAGUUCGAGGCCCUGUACGGCGAGAAGCUGUACGACAUGUCGGCCGAGCUGUACGACUGGAUCGCCAAGGUUGAGCCGCUGCAGCGCGCCUAUCUGGACCUCAAGGUGGCCGCCGUGCUGACGGGUCGCCGCCGGUCGCAGGGCGGACAGCGCGGCGAUAUCAGCGUCAUCGAACUAGACGACGAGCGCGGUGUGAUCAAGAUCAACCCGCUCGCCAACUGGUCCUUUGGCCAGGUCAAGGCGUACAUCGACGAGAACAAGGUGCCGUACAACGCCCUGCUCGACCGGGGCUACAAGUCAGUUGGUGACUGGCACUCUACCGUCCCUGUUGGUGAGGGCGAAGAUGAGCGCGCUGGCCGGUGGAAGGGUCAGGAUAAGACCGAGUGCGGCAUCCACAACAAGCAAAGCCGCUACGCUCAGUUGUUGGAGCAGGCGGCUCUACAGCAGCAGCAGCAGACUGCUUAA